AUGGUCGCAGGUAGGAAUGAUGAUGCUAUUGCUGAGGCGUUGAGGAUGUUGGCUGGCUCCAUUGGUCAGAUUCCUCAAGCGAAUGCUGCUUGGCUGAAGGCGAUUGAGAAAAUAUUCAGAGUUAUGAACUGUACUGAUGCUCAGAGAGUGCAGUUUGGUACUCAUAUGCUAGAAAAGGAAGCUGAAGAUUGGUGGAACAACACUCUUCAGAGGUUUGAAGAAGAUGGCAUUGAGGUUACUUGGGAUCUGUUCCGUGAUGUCUUCUUGGUGAACUAUUUUCCUGAAGAUUGUCGUGGGAAGAAAGAGGUGGAGUUCCUUGAGUUGAAGCAAGGAAAUGGUACCGUUGCUGUUUAUGCUGCUAAGUUUCAAGAGCUUAUCAAGUAUUGUCCCCACUAUAAUACUGCUAAUGCUGAGAGAUCUAAAUCUACUAAUUGUAGAGGUGGUUCGAAUGUGACUUGUUUCAACUGUGGAGAGAAAGGUCACGUUAGUACAAAAUGUGACAAGCAAAAGAAGGAGCAAGCAAAAGGAAAAGUGUUUGCAUUGUCUGGUGCAGGAGCCACUUCUGAUGAGAGGCUAAUUCAAGAGACUUCUAGUGGUGUGAAGCUUGGUAUGUUGAAGCUUACUAGUGGUAUUUUGGAUGAGAUUCGAGAAGGACAGAAAUCUGAUUUAAGCUUGGUUGAUCGAUUCAUAUUGAUUAAUUAA